AAUUCAGUUUGACGAAAAUCGUCGCUUCGAACGAACGGAUUAUCCAGCGAACCAACGAGAAACCAAAAAAAAACCGAGCACCAUGAAUUGUCUAUCCUCGAUGUUCAAGUACCUGCUGUACUUGCUCAACCUGAUCUUUGUGGCCGGUGGCAUCCUGCUGAUCGUGGUGGGCUCCAUCAUGCUCUCCAAGAUGGGCAACUUCACCACCUUCGAGGGAGCAGUUAACACCCAAACCAUCCCGAUCUGCAUCAUCGUCAUCGGCAGUGUCACCUUUGUGGUGGCCUUCUUCGGAUGCUGCGGCACUAUUCGGGAGAACGCCUGCUGCACUACAGUUUACGCCAUCUGCAUGCUCAUUCUGUUCGGUCUUCAACUGGCCCUGUCCAUUUGGAUCUUCGCGGCCAACGAUAAGUUCCUGACCAGCAUGGGCAAGGUGGUGGACAAGGCCAUGGAUGAGAACGACGCCGCCCAGGGAUACCCCAUGGACGCCCUGCAAUUGGCCUUCAAGUGCUGCGGAAACGCGGGAUACACCGACUACACUACUGUUCCGGCCUCCUGCUGUGGCUACACGGAUCGCAGCCAGACCUGUGAGGCCGCGAUCUAUACCCAGCGACCUGGCUGCCAGACCGAGUUCGUCGAUUUCUGGGCCUCCAACACGGACAUCAUUCGAUGGAGCAGUCUGAUCAUAGCCCUCUUCGAGCUGGGCAUCUUCAUCAUGUCCUGCUGCUUGGCCAGCGCGAUGAGGAAGCGUUGAAAAAAUAGUCUGACAUAACUUUAUAACCAUAGCAUAAUUCCAAAGAACCAUUUAUCACUCACCUUAAAUAAAACGAAAUAGGUUAAGUUCAAUGAAA